AUCAUUCUAACUGCUCUUCAGCGUAGGAUGAUGACGCAACGAGGGUGGGCAGGCUGAAGGGCCGGCUCUGUACAGGCUGAUCGUUGAGCCUCUGGCUGAUCACUACGCUGUGUCUGCGGCUUGGCGUGCAAUAAGAAGCAUCAUGCUCCGUACUGUAUUUUCUCGGGCCCUUCCCCGACUGAGUCGACUGUCGGUGUGCAACUACUCUGCUGCCGCCAUCCCAGCACCCAGCACCCAACCCGAGAUCCACUACAACAAGUUGUUUAUCAACAACCAGUGGCAGGAUGCAGCGAGUGGGAAAACUUUCCCUACCAUCAACCCAGCAUCCGGUGAAGUUCUCUGUCAAGUUGCAGAGGCUGAUGAGGCAGAUGUAGACAAGGCGGUGAAAGCAGCACGUAAUGCUUUCAGGUUGGGGUCACCGUGGCGACGGAUGGAUGCCUCUCAUCGUGGCCUGCUACUCAACCGAUUGGCCGAUGCCAUUGAGAGGGAUGCUGCCUACCUUGCUGAACUGGAGACCCUUGACAAUGGGAAGCCAUACUCUGUUUCAUACACUGUGGAUCUGCCCAAUGUAGUGAAAUGUCUCAGGUACUAUUCAGGCUGGGCUGACAAAUGGGAGGGAAAGACCAUCCCCAUUGAUGGAGAUUAUUUCUGCUACACCAGACACGAACCCAUCGGAGUCUGUGGACAGAUCAUACCGUGGAACUUCCCUCUGUUGAUGCAGGCCUGGAAACUUGGCCCUGCCCUUGCGACCGGUAACACUGUGGUGAUGAAAGUUGCUGAGCAGACACCACUCACAGCACUCUAUGUUGCUAGCUUGAUUAAAGAGGUGGGUUUCCCUGAAGGUGUUGUGAAUAUCCUGCCUGGCAUGGGGCCAUCAGCUGGUGCUGCCAUUGCAAGGCACAUGGAUGUUGACAAGGUGGCCUUCACUGGAUCCACAGAGGUGGGCCAUCUAAUCCAGCAGGCUUCUGGCAGCAGUAACCUGAAGAAAGUCACUCUGGAGCUGGGAGGAAAGAGCCCCAACAUCAUCCUGUCUGAUGCCAACAUGGAAGAUGCUGUGGAGCAGUCCCACUUUGCUCUGUUUUUCAACCAAGGCCAGUGUUGCUGUGCUGGCUCAAGAACCUUUGUCCAAGCAGACAUCUACGAUGAAUUUGUGGAGCGGAGUGUUGAGCGAGCUAAGAGACGAGUGGUGGGAAACCCUUUUGACCUAAAGACCGAGCAGGGACCUCAGGUAGAUCAGGAGCAGUUCAACAAGAUUCUAGGCUACAUCAGCAGUGGGAAGAGAGAGGGAGCCAAGCUCAUGUGUGGAGGAGGAGUGGCUGCGGAUAGAGGAUACUUCAUCCAACCUACUGUGUUUGGAGAUGUGCAGGACAACAUGACCAUUGCCAGAGAGGAGAUCUUUGGUCCAGUGAUGCAGAUCCUGAAGUUUAAAACACUGGAGGAGGUGGUGAUGAGAGCCAACGAUACUAAAUACGGUCUAGCAGCUGCUGUUUUUACUAAGAACAUUGAUAAGGCCAACUAUGUCUCCAAUGGGCUCCGUGCCGGCACUGUUUGGAUUAACUGUUAUGAUGUGUUUGGGGCUCAGGCUCCGUUUGGAGGUUACAAGGCUUCAGGUAACGGUAGAGAGCUAGGAGAGUAUGGUCUGGACAACUAUACAGAAGUCAAAACGGUGACCAUCAAGGUACCACAGAAGAAUUCGUAGACAUGUACAGUGAGCCCAGUCAACCAGGAAGCAGCUGAAGCGAGACAUUGGACUGAGAUACUGCUCUGUCCUGAGGAAUUCUACUGCAUUCUGUCACACAUGCACAGUACAUAGAGUACCUGUGGAAGCAGGGAGGAAUCCUAUUCGUUUGAGCACUGUGAAUGCUUUUUUGUGAUGUGUAAAUGCGCCCAAUUAAAAUGUCUGUUAUCAGUAAAUCAAAACCGUCAAGAGUUGUCAAACUGAAUUGAAUACUUACAAUAUUUCACCACACUACUGACGUCUCAAACAGCAGAGUAUACAAAGUUCUGUUCAUAACUCUACUAUCCAGACCUUAAAUUUUCCACCUGAUUUGAUGUAAUCAUAACCCUAAAGACACUGUUUCUAUUUGUAAUUUUUGGGCACUGAGAUUUGUUUUUCAGAAUAAAUGCAUUUGAGGCAC